UGAUUUUGCAUUUGCGGGAAAGACCUGUGUAUAAACAACAGAGAUCUCUCCUCAGUCAGCUCCUGCACACUGUUUUGUAUGGCUCUGCAUAGCCAUACAAAGCAGUGUGCUUAUAGUGAAAACACACACACAUAGCGCACAUAGUAAAACAGCACACAAUUAACCCUUUGAUCGCCCCACAUGUUAAAUGCCCUUCCUGCCCAGUGCCAUUAGUACAGUGUCAGUGCUUUUUAUUAGCACUGAUCACUGUAUUGGUGUCACUGGGGAUGUCAGUGACACCAAGUCAGUUCCUCCCAGUGCAAAUAUG